AUGGCGUCAGCAUCAUUAUUUGAACAAUUAACUAGCAGUGUGUCAUUAUCAAUGAUGACCAUUGUUUCAGUACUUACUUUGGCUUUAAUUUUACUUGUUACAGUUGCUGUUCGAGUUUUCUUUUCAUCAUCAUCAUCAACUAAAUCGAAAUCAAGCUCAUCUAAUUCAAAACAACAUUCAACUAAAGAUAAAAAAACCAAAGAAACUAAUACAAAAAAACCAUCAAUUGAUACAACAUCUGCUAAUAAAAAGAAAACUAAUAAUAAAACAAAAAAGGAUGUAACUACAACACCAGUAGCUAAAACUAUCGUAUCAUCAACAUCAUCAAGUUCACAAUCUGAAGAAAGUGAAGAUGAAAAGCCAAAAAUGUCAAAAAAAUCAACUACAGGUAAAAAAGUAACAUCCAAUGAUGCAAACAAUAAGUCUACUACAGUAAACAAUGACAAUAAACCAUCAUCAACAAAACAACAACAAGUAUCUGGACGUAAUGAAAAGGUUGCUGGAACUCAAAGUACUGAUGCUAAAAAGAAACAAUCAAAACCUGUUGAAACACCUGCAGUUAACAAACAACAAACAGCAACAGGAAAAAAUAAUCCAUCGAACAAGGUCAAUACAACAACUUCAAAUAAAAAACCAACAGUAGUUGCUAACACUGAAGCUAAGCAGACAUCAUUUAAUGAUGAUGAUGUUAGUGUUGAACAAGAAGAUGAAGGUCAAUGGGUUACACAAGGUGGUAAACAAGUUAAUAGUCGUAACAAAACUAAAGGUAAAAAUGAAACAACAACGACUAAUCAUCAAGAAAUAUCACCAAAAGCAUCAUCAUCAUCAAAACGUAAAGCUACAUCAGAAAAACGAACUGUACAACCAUUAUCAUCAUCAACAAAUAAAACUGAUUUUGAUGCUGAAACAACAACACCAUCACAAUCAGCUACAUCAAAUGUUUCUUUUCAACCACAACCUCAAGAACCAAUUGAAAUUUGUCAAUUAUUACCAACAGGUGAAAAUCGUUAUACUUCUAGUGAUAAUUGGUGGAAACAAGCAUUAAAUAAGCAACAAAAUUUUUCUAUCAAUGAUAUUGGUGACUGGCCUGAACGUGAACAAGAUGAACAAUAUAUUGUUAAUGUUACACGUAUUGUACCAGUUAAAAAUAAUAAAACAGCAUUAACUGAAAAAGAUAUUAAUGUUGAUGGAAAUGAUCAUAUUCAAAAUUAUAAAAAUGGACAAGAAGAUGAAAAAUUAAAUUUUGAUGAUCAAAAAAAUUCAUCAUCAGGUGUUACAGGUCAAUCCACAACAGCAACAUCAUCUCAGUCGAAAAAGAAGUCAACAAAUGUACGUCGAAUUUCUUAA